AAAACAUCUGUGUCAAGGAAAUCAAAGGGGGCAAUUGAGGAGGAGUUAUCUAAGCUAGUCAGUGCUCAUGAAAAAUUUGAAGAGAAAAGAUCAAGUACUGCUUCAGCUAUGAAUAACCUGGCUCAUUCCAAGAAUAUGGAGAUGUGGUUAUUCUUGAAAAACAAACCAGAUCGUGACGAUGAAGAUGAAGAAGCUUAUAAUAUGUUGAGGAAGAACCUGUUUGGAAAAUAAGACCUUCUCAAGAAGUUAUGAUUGUGUGUUUUCUUUCUGAUGUUUUUGUGUGCCGUUUGUUUAAUUUUGGAGUUGUGUGGGUGCCUAUGUUUGUUGAAUGUAUUAAUAAAAGUGAUGUUUAUGUUUGAAUAAAAUUGUUGUUUAUGUUUCAAUAAAGCCGAUUGAUAUUGACUUCUCACUGCAUAAUAGUACAAAAGAUACAAUUACUACUCACUGCAAAAACAAACAAAUGUUGAAUUGACCUUUCACUGCAAAAAAUACAAAGGAUGAAAUGACUACACCUGCAUAAUAAUACAAAAUAUGAAUUGACAACUCUCUGCACAUGCAUGCCCUAUGACACAUGUCUCUGCAAUUGCAUGUGAAUUCAAUUAUUUGAACAACUACCCUUCAUUAUAUAAACUGAUCAGAUGCACAUCAUAAGUAUACCUAUCAACAUUUCAAAAAUCAUAGCAUCCAAUGGAUCCUUUCCUAAAUGAGUUUAGUCUAGAAGAGUUCCAACAACAAUGGGAAAUAGAAGAAAAAAUACUUGAUAGGCAGCGAGAACUUCUUGAAGAAUUGCAAAGGAGAAGCGAACAACCACGUAAGAGGAAAUCCAUACAUAGAGAUCAUCAUGCAGCGCAUGAGAGACUCAUGGCCGACUACUUUGCCGAGUCAUGCACUUACACUGACGCCCAGUUCCGACGCAGGUAUCGAAUGAAAAGGCCUCUCUUUCUACGAAUUGUGGACUCUAUAUCAAAUUACGACGAUUACUUCACACAACGGCGCAAUAAUGCGGGCAAGCUUGGGUUAACGCCUAUCCAGAAGUGUACGGCUGUCAUAUGCAUGCUCGCAUAUGGAGUCGCAGCCGAUGCUUGUGAUGAGUACGUCAAGAUAGGAGAAUCCACUGCUAUCGAGUGUACUCGCAAGUUUUGCGAAGGGGUAAUAGCAUUGUUUCAAGAUGAAUACUUACGACGACCAAAUGUGGAAGACUUGCAGAGGUUGCUCCAAGUUGGACAGGAACGUGGAUUCCCAGGGAUGAUUGGAAGUAUUGAUUGCAUGCACUGGCAGUAAAAAAAUUAUCCUAAGGCUUGGCAAGGGCAGUUUACUAGUGGACACAAGGGGACGGCAACAGUUAUCCUCGAGGCAGUUGCGUCAUAUGAUUUGUGGAUAUGGCAUGUUUUUUCAGGGCUUCCUGGUAGUUUGAAUGACAUAAAUGUACUAGAUAGGUCACCGGUUUUUGACAACAUUGAGUCGGGUGAAGCUCCACGGGUAAACUUCACCGUGAAUGGGCGGGAGUACAAUCUUGCAUACUAUCUUGCCGACGGAAUCUACCCUAAGUGGCCUGUCUUCGUGCAGUCAAUUCAAAUGCCCCAAGGCAACAAACAUCAAUUUUUUGCCAAACAACAGGAAUCAUGCAGGAAGGACAUGGAACGCGCAUUCGGGGUACUCCAAGCACGCUUCGCUAUUGUCCGCCAACCAGCUAGAAUGUGGGAUCUUGAUGUCUUAGAAAAAAUAAUGAGGGCAUGCAUUAUUUUACAUAACAUGAUAGUAGAGGAUGAACGAGAUACGUAUUCGCGAAACUGGGAAAAUAUCGACUUUGAACCGUCGAACAAUGCUAGCUCUAGCGCCUCUUUCAAUGUUCAAACAGACGUGUUGCCGGAGUUUCAAGUCCAUGUUCAACACCGAUCUGAGGCAGAUAAUCAGACUAGAGCGGAACUACGAGAUAAGACCCAACAUAUUCAGCUGAAGAAGGAUCUCAUCGAGCACAUUUGGCAGAAGUUUGGGACAACCUCCGAUUAAAUUUUUACCAAUUUAGUGUGUG